AUGGUACCUCUUGACCCAAAAAAGAGAGCAGCAUCGGACUCUAUAGAUACUCUAAGAUUAAAUGAAGCAGCGAGAAAUGUCACUCGUAGAAAAGGACGACUUCAAACGUACGAAAUCGACAAAAUUUUUCAAGAUACAAUAGAAGCAAAAGGUAAACAACAAGCUAAGCCUAACCUAACUCGAUCAAGAUCAUCGUCUAUAGCCUCAAAUCCAGAUACCGAUAAAGCAGGAACCCAUAACAACGAUGAAUGGAAAGUCCCUAGAAAAACAAAUAAAGUACCUACCCAAGGUAAUGGAGCAGACAUGGAGACAGAAAAUCCCUACUCAAACCUUCAAGAAACAGAUGGCGCGUCACAACAAUCACAAACCGGUGACAAUCAAAAUAAUGCUAGGAAUAACACCCAAAACAACAACAAACCAAAAUCUCGACCUCCUCCAAUUUUUAUAAAUAAUACCAAUAUUGAUGAGUCCAUUAAUAAGCUCACUAAUGAGAAUAUAGAUAAAAAAUUGUUUACAAUUUAUGUAAACAAAUCAAAUCAAACCAUUUUCGCCAAAGACCAUGAUACGUACGACAAAAUUAAAACUAUUCUCAUUAACACCGUCGAAUUUUACACCUUUAAAAAAAAAGAAGAUAAGACAAUAAAUAUCCUUCUUAAAAAUGUUGCUGGAAUCUUUCAUAAACAAAGCAUUGCAAAAGAGAUCAAGGAACUAAACCUAAACCAAGUGGAAAUAACCAAAGUUAAAAAACUGCCAACAAGGAAAGAACAAGAAAAAAAAAAACACUUUAUAAUUCAAAUAUCAUCUGAUAGCAUCCUAAAAAAUUUGACAGACAUCAAAAAACUGUGCUGCCAAAAAAUCAAGUGGGAAAAAUUACGCAAGCCCAAAAUAAUCCAAUGCACCAGGUGUCAGAGAGUCGGACACUCAGCAACAACAUGCGGAAUGAAAUACAGGAAAAAUCUUACCUGCGCAAACUGUGGUGAAAAGGGCCACCCAGCCAAUUACCAAGGCUGUCCCUACUUAAAAUUGGCUAACAAGGAAAAACAACAAGAAACUCACAAACCCCACCAACCAAGAUUUAUAAACAGACCCAGAAGCAGACCAGUCCAACUUGGACUCCAAUUCAAUCAAAUAACAGCUAAUCAAACACCACAAAAUAAUACACAAUAUCCUGCUGACUUUCCUCAAUUACCUCAUACGAAUACUCCUCUCAAUAUGCCUCCACCACCUCCCUGGGCUAAUGAGCUCAGAGCAUCCCAAAUGGCGCCUAAUAAUCAAUUUCAACAAAAACAACAGAGACAGGAAGCUAGUUCUACCACACUUACUCAAAACAAACUAAAAAUUAUGGCUGUCAAUGUCAACUCCAUUCAAGCCAAUAAACGCAGACUCGAAUUGAUCAGCAGGAUCCAUCAGCACAACCCCGAUGUGAUCCUCCUAUCUGAAACAAAAUUAAAAAAAUCACAUAAACUUACUCUUAAAAACUACACAAUCAUACGAACUGACAGAACACCAGAAAAACAAGGCGGUGGUACAGCAAUAUCCAUCAGAGACACCAUUAAAUAUGAAGAAAUAAAUUACCCAGCGUCAAUUAACAACAUCACCACUGAAUAUACUAUAAUAAAACUACAAAACCCAGAAAACCCUGUCGAAAAUAUCACCAUAGUCAGUCUAUAUGCCACACCAGACAAUAAAAAAGCAUUCCGAGACGAGUUGGACAGUCUUUUCAUAUCACUUAAGUUAGAUAACACCAAUAAUUCGUUCAUAAUUGCAGGCGACCUGAACACCAGGAGAACAGACUGGGGAGAUACUCUCACCAACGAACGAGGAAAGUAUCUCAUCAAAUGGGAAAAGGAGUCGGCUCCCAGAUACCAGGCGAGGAUCUCAACCGAUGGACCCUCGUACAACCCCAACAACUCUUACCUGGACUGCUGCAUCUCCAACCUCAAUAUCUGUGACCUUGUGAACGGAAAAAUUACGACUGAGGAAUACGAUAGUGACUACAAAGCUCUUCUUUUUACGAUCCAAUUAAACCAUAAGAUCCAAUCUAACCAAGUUGCAAAAAAAUUUAACUACAAAGCAACUAACUGGUCUAGAUUCACCAAAUUCUUAGAUAAAAAUCAUCCCCCACCCCCUCCGGACGACAAAAACUUAACAAACAAUGACUUAGACGAAUACAUUUCAACAUUAACAAAAACAAUACAGACAGAAAUAGACUCAACAGUACCCCACUUUGAAAAACAAGACAGUGUACUAAAAUACUUAAAUACUAGAAUUAAAAAACUACAAAAAAACAAAUCUAAACUCAUCACAGACCUACAUAGACUCCAAAGACAACAGCCGCCUAAUUACCAACAAAAAAUCCAAAACAUAAAAUCUACAAUUAAUUUAGUCAGAGAUGAACUCAAAAAAGAGUUUGACUCAGACCUCAUUUCACCUGAUAUAGUACAACUAGACAAAGCCACCAUAGACCUAAACCGUAAAACAGCAACCUUCUCCAACGCAAUAGAUAAAUUAAAUAUAAUUGGUAACCACUACGAAAAAAUAAAUUCACCUAGAUAUUUGAACGAUGAUACUCCACUAAGAAGAAUCAUCGACCAUACAGUGAACCAAACAAAAGUCAAACUUGAUAAAAAUGAACGCAACGGUACUACCUUCACUACAUUUACACAUUUAAACAAAUCAUCUCACCCUAACAACAACCUAGAACACCAACUCAGCUUCUGCAGCUCACUGUCAAUUAAGAAGAUACUUCAAAAGCUUCCAAAUAAAACCUCAAGUGGUCCGGACUCAAUACCACCAAUAGUCCUCAAACAUCUACCUGAUCCACUCAUCGUAACUCUGACUAUUAUCUUCAACAACGCGCUGAACAACGCUUAUUUUCCAUCAGCUUGGAAGGAAGCCAAAGUCCUUACAAUUCUGAAAAAAAAUAAAGACCCAACAAAGCCAGUUAGCUACAGGCCGAUUAGUCUAACAAGCAAUUUAGGUAAAGUCUACGAGAUCCAUAUCAACAACAUCAUUGUUAAAGUUUGCGAAGAUAACAAAAUUAUUCCUGACCACAAUCCUGAAUACACCACAAUGAGCUUGUCGCAGCAGUUCUCAUCGACCUGGAGAAAGCUUUUGAUUCCGUAUGGCUGGCAGGACUUAUUUAUACAUUGA